AUGAUCAUCACCGAGGCUGUUUUUGCGUGCUUCCGUGAGUGGCAUCACGAUGUUGUGGCCAGUGCGUUUUUUGCAGACAAUGAGGACGUGUUGUUUCUCCUUUCAUCUAUGAACGUUGUGCCAGGAGCUGUGAGGGCGCAGGAGUCCGGUGAGUCCACCACGGUGCUUGCGGUGCAUACGCGCUGUUGUCAAGGCUCUCGACUUUUUUCAGAGCCGGAGCGUCUGCAGCUUUUGCAAUUACUGCAAUCACCGUUGCUUAUUCAGGAAGACAAUGAAAUCUUUCUCGUAGGCAACAGCAAAAACAUGGAUGAAUCCCAAACGGAGGAUUUCUCAGAACCAGAUGGGAGGAGCAUCAUCAAUCGACUACUGCGCGAGCUUCACUUGUCAUCCUGCUGGUGGCGUCAGGGGGAGUUUGUGCGACACAUGCUAAAUGCACCGCGCUUCUCCCCGACCAACAAUUCUAUGAUUUCUCACCGCUGUGCCGCCGUUCUGUUGACAGAUGCCACCUCCGCCUCCCCACAAGGGACGAGUCUCGCACUCACGCCUGGGGGUGGGUCUAACGCCGUGAAGCUAUUACUCCCAAGAGGGUCGCCACCGUCGUUUAUUCGCAGUGCACUGGUUUUGCCUCUAGUGGAGUGCCUGCGUACACGGAUGGCACAGACAUCAAGUCGUUUAAGAAGCAGCGCACCGAUGAAUCUACUGCGUGUUAUUUUUGCCUUAAAGCGUGCGCGUUCCUCCGAAGAGGAAAACGGGGACAGUGGUGACGAAAGUGAGGACCUUGUGCUGUCUCUCUCUCUCUUACUCGCCCUCCUCGGCUACACUUUGUCGCGGGGAGUGUCACAGAACACAUGUGAAUUGGCUGUAAAUCCUAACUCGUGGGAACAACUCUGUGUGGAUAUGCGAUGUCAUUUCUGUGGUGGGAGACCGCAGCUAACUCUUGAAAAGAUGGUGGCUGACGAGUAUCAAGAGCCACUGCCACCACGGGAGCAAAACACUGAAGGGGAGGAAGUUACGGAGGGGGACGAAAAGACAAGCAGUGAGAAGGGGAAAAUUGUAUUGCUUACGGACUCAGCUGCUCAGCAUGGAUCAGGAGAGGCGAUGAGCUUAAAUUGCCCCACACAAGUAUCGGAGAAAGCGACAGCACAACUGCCGGUUAUUGAAAAUGAGCAUGGAAAUGUGUUGGCGCAUGUUGCUCCUCUAUGUAUCGAGGACGCAGCCACAACGUCUUCUUCGGUCCGAUUCCAUCACACGAUUCACUUGAGUGAGCAAGAGAAAAUCUCUGGUCACCAUCGUUCCUGCCCUUGGAAGGCAUUGUUUCUUCGGUCUGUUCUUGCAGACGUCAUUCCCUCCACUCCCUCGAAAGAGAUACUUUUUGAGCUCUACAACGCCACAGGUGAAGGAGGAUCUCUGCGGAUAUGUUUCAAACUUUCGGAGGUGGCAAAGUUGAUGGAAUGCUGGAGACGCAGUUUGUAUGCCGAGUCUGUUUGGAGGGAGAACUACAUCAAACAUCCACUGCCGGUGGUGUUGCCAUCACUGAUUCCAUCUUCUGCCGGUUCAGAGACGGAGGCAUUUCUGGCGGAGUUGGCAUCCCGUAGCGCAGGGGAUGAGGGCCUUAAACUUGGACCCCUCAUACCUCUCUUUGAUGACCGCAGCCCCUGGGAUAGUUACUUUCGUGUGGCCUCCUUCUUGAAGGCUUCUACUUCGGUGGAUAACGGGGAAGGUGAGGGACGCGCGAUGGAUGCGGCGGAGAGUAACAAGCCUCCCAAGGUGGAGGGAGGAGGACACUGGAAGGCGGUCUACGAUAUGGGGCGUCGCUACAUCUUAGCAGCGGCGGACGAAACAAAUCAAGAAACGGGUGUGGAGUUGUUGGCGAAAUUCAAAGAACAGUACCAGAAUAAUGUGCAGCAAGGCGCAACAGGAGGCCAUGCAUCUUCGCCGCUUCAAGGAGUGAUGUGUAAGCUGUUUCACUUACUUCGUGAAGCACUGAAUAUUGACUCACCUCAUGGCAGAAAAGCUAUUCUGGAAGGAUCAUCAGAGGGACAACAAAUACCUGUGCAGGAGCAAAAACGUGUUCACUCAUUUUUAGAUGCACUUGACGACGUGGUGGAAAGGGUUACACAAGAGACUCUCUUGACGCAAACUGAGGAUCAAGUCAAACACCCUGCUUCAUUCCACGGCAAUAGCAAUGAGAGCACCCCGAAAAAAGAAGGAGUCAGCAGGGCUCAGCACAAGCAACAAAAGCAACACCAGCAAUAUAAGCAACACCAACACCAACAACAACAACAACGCCAACACCAUAAACAGCAACAGCAGAAGCAGAAGCAGCAACUUUGUCAGCAAGGCCUGCAGCAGCCUUGGACACAGCAAAUACUUUUACCACCUUCUUCAGCACCAGAAGGCGUUUUCCCUUUCUCUGCCAUGGGGCCUGGAGGUGGUGUUCUACCAACACCAAGACCAAUCUUGCAACAGCCACAGCCGCCGCCGUUUCAACCAGCUGUGCUUGGUGGAGAAUCUAUGUGGGCUAUGGACAACACGUACAUGCAACGACCUUCUGUCAUGGGGCAAUCUCGAGCGCCGGUUACCAACCCUGCUCUAGAGCGGAAAGGUGGGCGCGGUGGGAAUCAUCGUGGUGGGCGGAGUGGUGGGCGCGGUGGCCGAGGAGGUGGAAACGCAUUUAGGGGGUGA